CACGCGCAGCGUGUGUUGAAGCAACAAGCGGUAACAAAGCGCGCUGGGAAGAAAAUUGAAUGCCACAAAUAGCUCUACCGGACACACACUGUAUAUAUCUUUGUUAUUUUGUCACAUUGGACAGCAUGCGUGCACGGGACAGGCGCGCGGAUACCUUUACGCGCGGCGGCGGUGGCGGCGUAAAUGGCUCGCGAAGAGGUUGAUGCAUGAGGAAAGAGGGGCGGGGGCCAGUCAAAGUGGGACGGUAAACAGCGUGCCUGGCUCUGGCAACGGUUCCGCUCACAGCGCCUGUUAGACUGCGUCUCGCGCGUGUAGUGUUUUGUUCGUCCAGGGCACGUUGCUCCCAGCACACGACGCGCAUGCUUGAAGAGACCUCGGCGCACUUGAUGCCCGCUUUGGUGAUGCCAUGCCCCGGAACCACAGUGGAGACGAAAGCGGCACCGGGCUCUGGAUGAGGACGUCGCCGGGGCACCGUAGCGAAGGCUACGGCUUGAAAGAUGUAGAGUCCGGACGGAGGAUGAUGAACAACGCGGGAGACGGUUUGCUGUCAGCCUCCACCGCAGCAGGUGCUGCCGGAGGCUCCGAGAGCCUGAGAGGGAAGCAGGGAGCCCGGCUAAGCCUGCUGGGGAAGCCGCUCAUAUACAGCGCGCACAGCGGCCGGAGAAACGUGCGCUACCGGCGCCUCCAAAACUACCUGUACAACGUGCUGGAGAGACCGAGAACCUGGGCGUUCAUCUACCACGCCUUUGUGUUCAUCUUGGUCUUCAGCUGCCUGGUCCUCUCUGUGUUCUCAACCAUCCCGGAUCAUCAGGUCUUCUCCUCUUACUGCCUCCUCAUUCUGGACACCAGACUGAAGUUGCAAAUUCAAGAUGAGAUCUCACCAAGGAUUUUUAUAAUGGAGUUUGUGAUGAUUGUGGUGUUUGGAAUGGAGUACAUCAUCCGUAUCUGGUCGGCGGGAUGCUGCUGUCGCUACAGAGGAUGGCAGGGACGACUUCGCUUUGCCAGGAAGCCUUUCUGCGUCAUAGACAUCAUAGUGCUGAUUGCAUCAGUGGCAGUGGUGUCGGCGGGGAGCCAGAGCAAUAUCUUCGCCACCUCGGUGCUGCGGAGCCUGCGCUUCCUGCAGAUCCUACGCAUGGUGCGAAUGGACCGAAGAGGAGGCACCUGGAAGCUGCUGGGCUCUGUGGUCUACGCACACAGCAAGGAGCUGGUAACUGCCUGGUACAUCGGCUUCUUGGUUCUCAUCUUCUCUUCGUUUCUUGUCUACCUCGUGGAGACCAAGUCCAACGAUGAGUUUGCUACCUACGCUGAUGCGUUGUGGUGGGGCACGAUCACCUUGACAACCAUUGGUUAUGGGGACAAGACGCCAAAGACGUGGACGGGACGGAUGCUGUCCGCAGGGUUUGCCCUCCUGGGCAUCUCCUUCUUUGCCUUGCCAGCUGGUAUUCUGGGCUCAGGCUUUGCCCUGAAGGUCCAGGAGCAGCACAGACAGAAGCACUUUGAGAAAAGGAGAAACCCAGCUGCCUAUCUCAUCCAGUGUGUUUGGCGUAGUUAUGCGGCUGAUGAGAACUCGGUUUCCAUUGCUACCUGGAAGCCUCACUUGAAGGCGUUGCAUACCUGCAGCCCUACAAAAAAGGAGCAGGGAGAGUCAACCACAAGUCAAAAGUUGAGCUUCAAGGACCGGGUGAGGAUGGCGAGCCCUCGAGGUCAGAGCAUCAAGAACAGGCAGACGUCUUCGGUGAACGACCGCCGCUCUCCGGUGGCUGAUGCCGGGACAGAGGGCACCAGCCCUGCCAAGGUGCAGAAGAGCUGGAGCUUCAACGACCGCACACGCUUCAGACCCUCGCUCCGCCUUAAGAGCCAGUCACGCUCCACCACUGAUGCAGCAGACUCCAACAUGGCGGGGGAGGAUGGCUUUGAUGAGAAAGGCUGUCACUGCGAGAUCAUGGUGGAGGACUUGGUGCCUUCAGUCAAGGCUGUCAUUAGAGCUGUCAGGAUAAUGAAGUUCCAUGUAGCCAAGAAGAAGUUUAAGGAGACCCUGCGUCCUUAUGAUGUCAAGGAUGUGAUUGAACAGUACUCUGCCGGUCACCUGGACAUGCUGUGUCGCAUCAAGAGUUUGCAGACCAGGCUGGACAUGAUAGUAGGCCCACAGCCCCUGAGCAGCCGGGCCAAGACCUUUUCCUCCCCCUCCCUGCCUGUCUAUUACAGCCAGGGCAGAAAGAACUCCACCCAGGGAGUGGACCAGAUCCUUGGGAAAGGCCAGAUUCCUCUGGAUAAGAAGAUCCGGGAGAAGCUGCUGUCUGAUGGAGAUAUUUUAGAGGACAUGAGCAUGCUGGGUCGAGUCUGUAAGGUGGAGCGGCAGGUCCAGUCGAUCGAGUCAAAGCUCGACUCCCUGCUCGACAUCUAUCGUCAGGUUUUGCGCAAAGGCUCGUCCUCGGCCCUCACGCUCUCAUCUCUGCCCCUGUUCGAAUUGGAGCAAACUUCUGACUACCAUUCCUCUGUCUUUAGCAAGGACCUGUCCAGCUCCCAAGUCAGCAGCAGUGGAGCGCUUCCCCCUGGUAGCAACUCUCACCCCUCCCAGGGAGGACUCCAUCUCAUCCUGGCGCCGCCCAAUGAGCUCAACCUCAAUCUCAACGCCUCCUCUUCCACCGGCCUCGCAUCUUCCUCUUUCAGCCCGUCUCCAUUGCCUCACCACCACCACUACCGUCCUCAUUAUCAUCCCCACCCCCACCACACCCAGGCUCAGGCCACCACGCCUGAAAGUGGCACUGACGAGGCUGUGGGGAGCUCUCCACCCGUCCUCACCCCAAACAGUAUCAGCAGUGGCGGGGGUGGAGGAGUUGGAGAUGGAGGGUUUCCUCUUCUGGCGAGGCUUCUACCACCCCCCCCUUCGAGCCGGAGUGGGGGCCCGAGCAACUUGCCACGAGCCACUUCCGCAGAAGUGUCCCCUGACAUGGAGGACUUUUGUGGAGGUUUGGGGAUGCAGCUGGAGGGCACCAGUGUUGGGGAGGACUUUGGCCAUGGGUUGGGGCUGGGCAGACUGGGGCAGAAGCUACAGGGCAGCGCCAAUGCCAACGGCAGGCUGAAUACAAAGGAUGAGGGCUCCUGGAGAAGACAAAUGAGCCUGGAGCUGCAGCCCCUGGUGCCACCUGCCCCGGGCUGCUGCUCCGGCCCCAGCCAAACGGACCGAGGCUUGGGCAAGUCCAUGUCGGUGCAGAACCUGAUGCAGGCAGCCCCAGGGACUGUCCAUGACGCCCACCACAGCCACGGCCUCUCGUCUCCGAGCCCCAGUACAAGCAGUGACUCGCCCAUUGGCUUCCACAGCUGUAGCCAAGACCCUGGGGGAGUAAGGGGUGGUGGUGGUGGUGGUGGUGGUGGUGGUAAAGGCAGGAGUGGUGGAUGGGGUGAGGAGGACCUCUUUAUCAGCGAUAGGGACCUGGAGGCGCAGGGGUUUGACUUCCUGUCACAGGGGGCUGCUGAAGGCCACACCUACUCCUCUGAGCUGCUGAGGACAGAGAGCAGUGUUGGGGCAGGCGCCCGCAGCUCUAACCGCAGCCUGGCCAGUGCUCACACAGCCUCUCCCUCUGCUGGCAACACCGAAUUGCUGAACAUGCCACACGUGCGGCUAAAAUAAACUUGCCUAUCUGUUCAGAAGGCACGCAAAUCUCACCUCACAGAGUUUUUAGCCUUUUUGGAGGGGAGUGGGAGGGUGGGGGAACUGUGGGAACUUCUUUUUUGUUAAUUUUCAUGUUGAUCCAUUUGAUAAGAAUCACAGUAUUUUCAUACAGGAUGAUCACAUACGGUAUGGCAUACCAUUGCAUGAGUUACUCUUAGUUUUAUAGUGUGAUUGACAAAUCUGAGAUAAAAGAUGAAGAUGUGCACAAUGGGCGCACAACCCCCCAAACCUGAGACUUUGCUAUUAAACUAAGCCAACUAAACUUGGUCCUGAGAGACGGUUGGUUGAUACUGUACAGUAUGUGACCUUAAGACAAGAGCAUGAGCAUUGCAUGUUUUCAGUCAAAAGUACUGACAUUAGCAAGAAACCGUUUACACUUAAAGUAAGAAGGCAUGGACACCAAACCCUUUCUUUCCAUAUUGAAGUGAAUGUUAACUUACCACUGCCAAACGUUCAAUUUCGAUUUUAUGUCCAUAACAUUCUGUCUGUUUUAGAAAACCAGAUAACCUCCUUAAGAUUAUAUCCUUAAAUUAUAUGAAUUACUAUCCUCAACCAAUGACUUUGGAUCUUUUCAAAAAAACAGUGUACAUGCUAGUAUUAGUUUGAAAACUACAGGUCUUGAAUUGUUACCAUUUUUUUCUGACCAUUUCCAAAAAUAAUUUUUUUAGGCAUCCAUUGGUUUGCAAUAAUGUCCAAACAGUAAAUCAAUUAGCAGACUCCUAAGAGGUGCUUGAGUUAUGUAAUAUAUUACAGUGAAUAUCAGGCCAUUUUUGUCAAUUUUACAUGAUGUGGUUAUGCAGUUUAAAAUCACUGUAAAAGAAAUUACUUGAAUGACUUGAAACAAGCAAGUUUGAAAAGUCUGCUAACUGAUUUGCAUCAUACUGCCAAACAACAGGUAAAAUACAUUCUAUUUCUAUUACCAUUUCUGUUACACAGCAUGUUAAAUCCAAACAAAAACUAAAACAUGCAGAACACAGCACUGGUGAUGUCGUUUCAUUUAUUUUUUCUUAUUUUAGUUAAACUCUGAAUUGGUGUGUAUCUUAAUUUGGAACUCUUUGACAACCAUAACUUUUUACUGAGGAGUACCGCAUGAAAGACCAAACCGGAAAGAGAAAUGUCAGUGUUGCUGUAACUGCCAAAUAUUUGGACGCUUAUUAACGAUGUCACUUCUGUCAACAGCCAACUGUAGAAUGCGGUUGAAAGCAAAUACACGCAUGCACACACACCUGUAUACGCACAAAGGCAUCUGUGACUCUACAUGUCCAUUAUGCUGGGGAGGGUCUAAGGUACAGUCCAGUCCAGAUGAGAGGAACAAGGAGCAGAAGUUGCUUAUUCUCAGACCAAUUUUGCCCCGGCUGGUUGGUUUUCCAGCCAAUAGUCUAAACCUACGACGUUCCACUUCUAGGAUUGCUCUUGUGCUGCCGGAAAUUCCCCCAGAUGUCACUCUUUUUGGCCGGAUGACCAUUACCUUCCUCUUUCUUUGUGUUGUAAUUUUAAACUAUGGUGGAUUUGUGAGGACUAUGGUUAACUGCUCCUCAGAUCUCUGCAAGGUAAAUCCAGACAGCUAGCUAGACUAUCUGUCCAAUCUGAGUUUUUUGUUGCACGACUAAAACAACCUUUGAACGUACACACGUUCCACUAAAACAAGUUCCUUUUCAAUUCUAUUUUGCAGCGGCACAGUGGCUCCGCCCGGCGCUUAGCACCACCCAAGAUGAUUGUGAUUGGUUUAAAGAAAUGCCAAUAAACAAGAGCAGGGUUAACAGGGUCACAUUUUUGUCCCAUCCUGGAAUGCUGUGUGGCAAUGCGAGACUUUCCAGCCGAUGACAGCCAUGAAUUUAAACACAUCAUGAAUGUCAUUUCUUGGUUUAAAACAAGUUUGACGUUUUGUCAGAAUAUGUGUUUUGAGCAAAGCACUUUUGCUUUGAAAUCUUUUGCCACCCAGUUUUCUUGUUUACCUUAAAGGGAAGAUAUCUUAUUUAAAUCAUGGUCAAUGUUUGCUUUUUUUCAUAUAGUGUAAUGUGGGAUUAUGUUUGCUUCCUUGAAGUGGACCCGCUGCAGAAUGUAUUCCUGUUGCAUGGUACAGUAUCAGGUAAAUAAUUAUAGUGCCACAAGCUGCAGGUAAAUACUACCCAUAAAGCAUCCAAAGCCUCAGUGGAAUAAUCACCCUUAGCUAGCAGUACUUCAAUAUAGACCCAUAUCAAAGACCCAAAUAUAUUUUCAAUUUUACUUUCUUUCAGAUAUUUAAAUAUAUUUUGCAUGAAGAGGUUGUCAUAUUCAAACCUAUCUAUAACUGAGAAUGAUUGCCAUGACAUUAAGACAAAUCCCUAUGUACGGUUCAGCCUGAUUGCAUCAGAAGUAAAAAAGACCUCAACAUGUGCAGUACAUACAGUAUAUUGGUGCCUUGCUUUUGUGGUACAUCUCCAUAUCUACAAUUUCCUGAAAAGUGCAUUAUGUCCCUCCGAACAGAAAUGGUUGUCUUCAUUUUCUCUCCUUGUAAAUGUUCUGACAUUUUACAUGUUUUUAUCCAGAGAUCCUUUUGCCACUGGGCAUAAAAAACGGGCCUUUGACAUGUCAACAUUCUGUCUCUUGUCUUUUAAUUUAUUUAAAUUAUGUGCACAUAUUUACACACUCUAGUAAUAGUCUCUGUUAGAUUUAUGAAGCCUGUAAUGUAAUGAAAAUGCAAGUGAACUUUUAUUCUCAUUCAUCAAUAAAGGAAAUUCUAUAAAGUUA